AUGAAAAGGGCAAAAGGAGAAGAAGACGGUUCCAAAUCCAUGGACAUAAUAUCUGUUUUGCCACAAGAGAUCUUAGAGAGAAUACUUUAUUUCCUUCCCCAAGAAGAUGCUGUCCGAACCUCUGUCUUGUCCAAAUCAUGGCGCCACGUUUGGUGCGCUCGUCCCAAUCUUGCUUUUUCCGUCCAAACCUUCAAAGGCAAGAGACAAGAUUUUUUAAUCACUGUGGACAAGACCAUACAACGUUAUCGUGAUCAAAGGUUGUGCGUCGAGGAAUUCGACCUUUGUAUAUUGGUAGAUGGUUCGGAUUGCCCAUCGGUUACGUUUCUUGAAAAUUGGAUCCCAUUGCUGAAACAUAUGGGCAUGAAGAAGUUUGAUCUCUCUAUUCAUUCGAGAUAUAGUUGGGCAUUUAUCGAUAUGCCCUCCGUAGUCUUUGGAGCCGAAUCCCUCCAAUAUUUGCACGUGGCAAAAUUCGUGAUGGACCAAAAGUGUAUUGAAAGGAUAGUACUCUUGAAGCAUCUGGACCAACUUCAUCUCGAGCAAGUGUACAUCGAGGACGCGGUUUUUCAGAGGAUAAUCUCGAGUUGUCCUUCGAUCGAAACUAUGAUAAUCGAAGGAUGCGAAGGGUUAAAGAAAAUUAAUUUGAGUGAUCUUCCCAAUCUUAUCUACUUUAAUUUUGACGUAGUGUACGAAGAUGAGUUGGAGGAGGAACCUUGUAGCAUCGAAAUCCAUGCACCGUCGUCCAUAGAAACCAUCAAUAUUAGUUUUGGCAAUAUUUGGUUUUGCAAAGGAGCGGAGUUUCGUAACCUCAUAAACUUACAUCUGAGGGGUGUCGACUCGUCAUUGGAACACAUGUCUUCGUGUAAAUUCCCGAUCCUCGUCUGGUUGAGCCUUUCGGAUUGUGAAGGAUUGAAAGAUAUCAAGCUAUUCAUCGAUGCCCCGAGCAUGCUACUUUUUGAAUAUCAAGGAUUCUUUAUCCCUUCGAUCUCUUUCGGAAAAACUACUUCCAGCUGGCGUUCAGAAUUAAACAUAAACUAUAUGCAGAUAAACAAUGGUUAUUUGUGGUUCCUCGAGCUAAAUGAACUGCUCAACUCAGUAAGCAAAUCUAGAAUUAUCCUGUCUAUCGAUCAAUAUUUGAUGAAUCACGACGACGUAAUUCGAGGAAACGUUAAUACGGUACAAUACAUGAAUGGUUGUGGUAUAGCUGUUGUGGUGGAUAGAUUGAGUUUGAAUGCUUCUUUAUCUGCCGGUUCGAGUAAUUUAGAUGGUCUGCUUCGUAUUUGUCGUCCGAGAAUUCUAAUGCAUUUGGAUAUGGAAGUUGUCGAGUGGUUGUGGAAGCUUCUAAUGGAGAGAGAGAGUGGAGACGAAGGUGAUUGGUUCAGACAGUUGUGGUUGCGAGAUUUGGAGCAAGCGAGCUUGGAAAUUAGGGAGAGCGGUCGAGAAGAAUGGCGUUCGGCAACUCUGUCGGAACUGCGGAAGUGUCGAGAAACGAAAUCUUAUCGUACUCGAUUUGCAUUGAAAUGGAGACAAGCUUCGUGA